GCACCAUAGAGUCAUCAUUGGACGUACCCGUGUACCAUGGUUUAAUGAGGAAAUUAAGGCUGAGAGAAGGUGGAGAGACAUGAGGUUAGACGCUGACCUUGCUGAUUUCAAGCAGAAGAGAAAUGUAGUGAAUCGGCUUAUGAAUAAAGCUCGUCGAGAAUUUUAUUCAGAGUUUAUUGAUGCCCAUAGUGGAAAUCAGGCAAAGCUCUUCACUGCUACUAUGAAGUUAAUAAACCAAUCGAAAACUCGUGAUUUACCACCUGUCCCAGACAACGCUGUAUGCGCGAGCAGCAUUGGCAAGUUCUUCUAUCGAAAGAUUGCCAAUAUUCGAGAACAGCUUGACAGUAGGUCGGAUCCUGUUACACGUAAGACUCAAAUUAAUGCUGCAGCAGUUACUACGAGAGGCGUGUCGCCUUUUUCUGAUUUCAAUGUUCUAACGGAACAAGAGGUUUCAGCGCUGAUUAUGAGCUCCUCACGGAAAACCAGUCCAACUGAUCCUAUGCCAUCUAAACUAGUUAGUGAAUGUAGUUGGCAGUUAUCUCCUGCCUGUUAUUACAAAAAUGAUUAAUACCUCACUGCAAAGUGAUAAUUUUCCUGAUGACUGGAAAGAAGCUUUACUUUCUCCAAUGCUAAAAAAAGUAGGAGCUCACUUUACUUUUCAAAAUCUAAGACCAGUGAGUAAUCUAACAUUCAUCUCAAAACUCACGGAGAAGGCUGCCUCUAAUCAAAUUCAUUGUCACAUGACUGUUAAUAAUUUGUUUCCUCCUCUGCAGUCAGCAUAUAGAAAGAAUCACAGCACCAAGAUCGCGCUAUUCAAAAUCACUAAUGACAUUUUGCUUAAUAUGAACAAGCAACACGUAACUCUUCUGGUGGUACUGGAUCUUAGUGCCGCUUUUGAUACCAUUGAUCAGGAUAUUUUGCUUGAUCGUAUGUCAACUAAACUUGGUAUUGAAGGUGUUGUUUUGAAGUGGUUCGGUUCUUACCUGAAAGGUAGAUCACAACGAGUUGCUGUUCAUGGAGCAGUUUCUGAGAAGUUUGAUCUAAGUUGGGGAAGUUUCACUGGGCUUAUGUCUUGGACCCUUACUUUUUACCAUCUAUGA